GGCACGUCAGUUUACUGAAAAAUGGCGAAUGUGCGUGACAGCGACACAUCAUUGUGGCUGCAUAAUAAACUCGGUACAUCAAACGAUUCGUGGAUAAGUGGUUCAAUUUGUUCGCAAUUAAACAAAGAAGUUCUAAGAAAUAUCAAAGAAUGUUUUCCCGAUCUGCAAACUCAAGUUAAACUUAAAUUAUUGCUAAGUUUUUUUCACAUACCGCGCCGUCUAGUCGAAGAGUGGAAAUCUGAAUUAGAAGAAGUCAUAGAAGUAGCAGGUCUUGAUUCAGAAUUAUGGGUCUCUAUGUUGGCAGAAACUAUGAAAACCUUUCCAGCUACAAGUUCGCUGAAUACAGAAAUUUCAGACUACGAAGAGACCCGCCCAAUAUUUACAGAUAUGGUCAACGACCUCCGUAAAAUGGUUAGCAAACACAGUGAUUUGGGAAUGUUACCACUGGAGUGUCAAUAUCUGAAUAAGAACGCCUUAGUGUCAGUGGUGGGUCAACAACAAAACCCGGUGAAGCACUUUACUUUGAAACGAAAGCCAAAAAGUGCUAAUCUUCGAACCGAACUGUUGCAUAAAUCAGCUGAUGCGCAAUCAAGUCUUAAAAAAGCUUCAGCGCCAACUAUACCAUUACGUUCACGCGGUAUGCCCCGCAAAAUGACUGACACCACCCCACUUAAGGGGAUUCCCUCUCGAGUGCCUACGUCUGGUUUCCGCUCACCAAAUGUUCAGCCGAAUCAAUCGCGGCCAAAUAUGAGUCGAACACCUGCUGGUCGCAAAGACGGUGGAAUAAAACUUAUCGAAUUUACCGAACAGCCUUUAGGUUAUGCUGCUGCUAAAAAACGAAAACGUCAACAGGAACUUGAGGAGCAACAAAAGAAAGCUCUGGAACAGAAACAAGCCACUACAACUACUUCAAAUGCCUCAACUUCCAAUACGGCAAGUGCACCGGCAGCGUCAUCAUCCACAACUGCAUCCACAACUUCUACAUUGGUUACUGAAGCGGCAAAUUCAGAUACAACCACAGUUGUCACCUCUUCCAUGGCAGCGGCAUCAAGUGCAGUUGUCACUCCCGACUAUGCUCCCACACUCACAUACACCCAACCACCAACUCCAGCUGUGGAAACUAUGUGCGAUGACAAGCUUAUAACUGCCAAACAAAUUGCUAACGCAGCUAGCUCUCCGGCAACUUCUCUUCCAUCGUCUGUACAAGUUAACAACAAUAAAAUUUUUAUAAAGGAGGAGAUUCAAAUAAAGACCGAAGAUUCUAUCAUGUCGCGCCCCAUUAAAAUCGAACCGGAUAUACAAAUGCAGCAAAUUACCAUGCAGCAACCAAUAACUCAAACAAUUGUUAGCACGGCUAGUAGUAUGGCUUCAACAACACAACUUAACCAGCCGAUAAAGAUAGAAAAGCUUGACAUAAAACCGAUUGUAAAGACAACACCAACUGCUACAGUGGUGCAACGUCCAAAUGCGUUGGCAAACCUUCCAAAUAAUAUAUCAGUUAAAAUAACUUCUACCAAGGCUACAAAGCCUAUUCAGCAGCAACAGCAACAACAGCCGAUUCUUAUUAACAGUUCAACACCGGUGAUCCUCUCACCAACCAUCCAAAAUAAACAAUCGAACUUAUCGAACGCAAGCCAACAAACACAAACGCAGACGCUUAAAUCGCUGCCAUUGUCCCAACUCAAAUCGGCUACUAAUAGUGGACCUGUGAUCAUUUCACAAACUAUCAUUCAACCGGCGAAACGAAGCGCGCAAAAUAUUAUUGUCUCCUCGGCACCGGCUAUCACAUCAAAUAUUUCUUCAAUGGUUCAGACAUCAGCAGCUGGCAACAUAAACAACAAUAUACAACAGCAACAACAACAACAGCAGCAGCAACAACAACAACAACAGCAGCAGCAGCAACCACAAGCCACGCAAUACAUAAUAACAUCUUCACCUCAGACUACAAUGCCUUCAUUGGCAUCGUUCGCGCAGGCGCGACCGGCACAACAAACAAUCUACCAAACAUCUUCUGCGAAUACGAUGAGCGGUUCAACUCAAACCCCCACAAAAAUCCUGCUUAAAACAGCAUCUUCGCUUCCUCUUAUGAUGUCGACCACCCGCCAAAACCAAACCAAUGUGCAAUCCAAUCCGCCUCCGCUGAUAUCUACCCAACAGCCGACCAUAUUAAAUAUUCAAAAUGUUAACCUACCAAAUCGGCCCGUAACUAUUCAGCCGGCAUCCCAUGCUGCGCAGCAACAGCAUUUGCUACAGCAACAACACCAUCAUCAGCAGCAGCAUAUUCAGCAGCAUCAACAAAUUCAAACCCAUACCGUGGUCUCGAACACUAAUGCCACACAACAGCCAAAGCUUACUCAAGUGGUAAUGCAAUCGCCGAACAACUCGAACGUCAAAGGCAAGACAAUUAUUCUAACUCAAAAGGGCGUGAUAUUGCGCAACAUCGGUGGUGAUAUGUACCAGCAGAUUCCGAUUAGCAACAUGUCUGGGUUGCAGAAUCUGAAUGCAGCUACCAUAAUGACGAGCGGGCCUCCAGGUCUGGUUAAAACUACCCAAAACGCACAAACCAUUCAUGUUCAGCAACCAAUAAAACAGAACACGCAGCAGCUACCCGCCUUAAUACCAACUAACAAUUUGAAUCAAAAUAUCGGUCAAGUUGUGGUGCAACAACAACCUCAGCACCAACAAACUGUUCAAACAAUUAUUGGAAGUCCUCCUCAACAAACCAUUAUUCGCCCGGUUAUGACUCAGUCUACACUUCCAACGUUGCCACAGGGAUUGACAUUGAUACAACGACAUGGUCAACAAACGCAACUCGUUCAAAUGCAGCCUGCACAACAACAGAUUCAGACGCAACAACAUCAGCAACAACAACAGCAACAACAACAGCAGCAGCAGCAACCACAACAGCAACAACAGAUUCAUAGAACCAUUUUGACUCAACAACCGCAGACCACGGUAACAAAUCAAUUGAGGCCGCAACAAAUUAUACUUCAUCAUAAGCCACAACAACGCAUUAUUACCACUACAACAACUCAGCCAGCUUUACCCCAAAAUAACGCAAAUAAUAGCAACACCAAUAACAAUAGAGGAACGCAAAUUAUUGAGGUCCGUCAGCAAUCGCAACAGCAGCAACAACAGCAACAAAAUCCCCAGAGAAAGGGCUUGUCUUUAUCGAACGAGCACGUCCAUAAGGCUCAUGAAAUGUUUAGAAAAGCCAAUCGCGUCUCUCGACCAGACAAAGCACUUAUUCUUGGUUUUAUGGCUGGCCUCAGAGAGAAUCCCCGACCUAAUUCAGAGAAUGUUAUAGUAAUAAAAUUACGUGAAAGUGAGGAAAAAGUUCAACAAGAAGAUGGAACAUCUGCAUUGUGCCUUGUGGAGUCCUUAAUUCGCUUGGAUUAUAACACAGGCGAAUGGAAAACAUUCCAAAACUAUCGGCGCGUUGAUCAAAAUUCUAGUUCUCAGAGUACAGAUGGUGGAAUGCAAUCACAGAAUUCUGUAGUGAUAUAAAGAAAUAGAGAUCAAAAUAAACACACGCUUGUCUAUAAUCGUUAUUAUUCAUCCACACCUACAUUUUUCACUACACAAAUAUUUUUGUUCUUUCAAAAACAAAUUUAAUACAAACAAAAUAAUAUGAAGAUUACAAGAUGAAAACAUAAUUAUAAUAUUGUUAUAACAUUGGUUUAAACAAAAUCAAAAGACGAUACAUUUUCUUUAUUUAUCACUCAUUAAGAAAAAUAUAUAAUUUUAGUUUAAAAAAGUAUGCAAAAUAACAGAAAAAACUACAACAAAACAACAAUGUCUAUGAAUUUGUUCAAAUAGAUUAAAAGUUUAUAAAAUUAUAGUAGCUCUAAGCCACCAGCACUGUACGGAACGGAACGGAACGGAAAGUAACGGACGUUAUUUGUGGUGUGUGUUUUGAAUUUGUUUCUGUUUAGUUUUAUAGACCUUUUUUUUUAGCUAAUUGAAUUUGAAAUAAAGCAAAAUCUAACUAGAAACUAAUCCGCGGAUGUAUCUCUGUUAUUGUGUACAUUCAGAGGAGAAACAAUAAAAUGUAUAUUUUAGAAAUUAAAAACAAAAAAAAAACUAACAUUAACACAUUGAUGAAAUUGCAUUAAGAUUAGUUAUGAUAACGCAAUGGAAGUCCUGAUAAAAGUAUAUUAAGACUCUCAUUAAAUUUAUUAGUUGCGCUUGAAUGCACGAUGGUUAAUAAAAAAAGUAAGAAUAAAUUUAAUAAAAAAAA